UAGUUAGUCAUUCUAGUAAAUUUGUUUCGGAAAAAUAAUAUUAGAAGAUUAUUAGGAUUUUUCGGCUUAUAUUCAUCUGGUUCAUAUUUUACACCAAUGUUAGGCAGAAAUGUUUUUUAUGUUCCUAUAAUAACAUCUGUUGACAGUGACAUUCACUGCUGACUCCCCGCCCUGUGGGUACACAUUCUUUUGGGUAAAGCUUUUAGUGUGUUAACUAAUUCCAUCAUUAGCGUCGAGAAUUAUAUUAUAAGGAAAAACUUUUAGUCUUUACAAUGCAGGCAAUAAAAUGUGUUGUUGUCGGAGAUGGUGCUGUUGGUAAAACGUGUUUGUUGAUAAGUUACACAACAAAUGCGUUUCCUGGCGAAUACAUACCCACAGUUUUUGAUAACUACUCUGCCAAUGUUAUGGUGGAUGGGAAACCUAUCAAUUUAGGUUUAUGGGAUACAGCUGGUCAAGAAGAUUAUGACAGAUUGAGACCAUUGUCAUAUCCCCAAACUGACGUAUUCUUGAUAUGUUUUUCACUGGUUAAUCCAGCUUCAUUUGAAAAUGUUAGAGCUAAGUGGUACCCUGAAGUAAGACAUCACUGCCCUUCUACGCCUAUAAUUUUGGUUGGUACUAAGUUAGAUCUCAGGGAAGAUAAAGAAACGAUUGAAAAGUUAAAAGAAAAAAAAUUGGCACCUAUCACGUAUCCUCAAGGGCUGGCUAUGGCAAAAGAAAUAGGUGCUGUAAAGUAUUUAGAGUGCAGUGCCUUAACGCAAAAAGGUCUUAAAACUGUUUUUGAUGAAGCGAUUAGAGCAGUAUUGUGCCCAAUUUUGCCAGCCAAACCAAGGAGGAAAUGCGCCCUUCUAUAAAUUGAUCCUUUAAGUAUGGCACAUCUUUAGGUGUAAAUUUCACUCUAGAUGUGUGGUUAUUUUGCCUCUGAUUGCCAUGUGGGUAAAAUACUCGUUGUAAAUAAUAACAUUUAUUAUAUAAAGUACCUAUAACAUUUAUUAUAAAAGUUCUAUUAUUGAUUUGUUAGAAUUUCUUAAAAUUUUGUUAUAUUUAUAACAACAUUCUAUGUAUAUAAAGUUUGAUGUAUUAAGCUUUUCAAACAAGUGCAAUAAUAUUUUUAUUGAUUUAAAUCAUUUGAUUAACUUGGACUGAAAAGUUUAAAACACUUUUAAAUAAUCUGUUUGAUUAAACCAACACAUAUAUUUCUUUCUUUUUUUUUUGUUUUUUUUUUGGACGAUUGAUAAAAAUAUUUUGUUGACUAAUCUCAUGUUGUUAAAUCCACAUACUGCAUUUUUUUUAUAAAUUUUUUAUAAUUUGUUAUCUUUUAUUUUCUUGCCAACAUUUUACAUAGAAAAUUUUAAUAAAUAUUGUUAAACUAUUACAACUGUGUUAAAAUUAUAUUUAAAAAUUUUAAUUAGUAUUACUACUUAUUAAAUGAGGCACAAUGCUACUAUUUAUUGUAAACAUAAAAAAUACUUGUAUACAAAAAUUCUACAUUUUGCGCCCAAGUUGUUUGUUAGGAUGUAAUUAUAGAACAGAGCUUCCAUUUAUGUAAGUAUGGUUAUAUAAGCAUUCUGUGAUAACAUAAAAUAUCAUAUAUAUUGAAUUUAAAUAAAUUCAUCUAGUAGGAAGGGUUGAUAGAGAGCAUAUGUUUCUUUCAAAUGUUAAAGAAAAUAAAAAUCUACAAAAUUAUCUUAAACUUUUACUUUUUUUCUUAUUUUAUUUAUAUUUUAAAAUUUUAUGGUGAAGAAUUGAAUUCUGUUACCAAUAAUAUACAUAUACAAAUUUUGAAAUGGCAUCCUGGGAGAAAAAUUAAAAUGUGGCAUGUAUUAUGAAAUGCCAAAUUCAGUUAUUUAUAUAAAAUUUUGUUCCAUUAUGUUAGCUUUAAUUUUCUUUUCAUUGUAUAUAACUUUUUUAAUGUCCUUAUUUAAAUCUAUUACUUUUUUUAAAAAAUUAUACAGUCUUGGUAAAAGUAUUUCAUUUAUUAUUAAUAUUCAAAAUUGUAUUUCAUGAUUGUUUCAUAAAAAAAUCAUAGAUUUAUUUAUAUUAACCUGUUGUUAAUUAUAGAAUUGGAUGGAAAAUUAAUGAAAUUAUCGAGUUUUUUCCUCUUUCCUUUUCCACCCGUUUUGAUAUAUAUUUUUUCUAACAUUUUUUUAGUGUGCUCUUAUGCCAAUUAAUCCUAAUCCACUUUAACUAAUUUAUAGUACAUUUAGUAUUGUCUAAUUUUGUUUAUUUACAUGUAAAAGAUAUUUUUAUCUAAGCAAAAUUAAAAAAUAGAAAAUUUAAUUAAUCGGUAUUAGAACAUAGGAAAUGACACUACUCUUGAAAAAUGUACUACUUACUACUAUUUAUUAAAUUUACUAAUAUCUGUGCUGCUUAAGAACAUUUAUUUAUAUUAAUCCCUAAAUCGAUUUAGUUCUCAUGUCUCACUUUGUUAUUUAAUUAAUUAGUUUGUAGAAUAUUUUUUAUUGAUUUAGUAUUUCUUUUAAUUCUAGUUUUCCCGAUCUUGUAAAAUGUUGGCAUUUCUGAAAAUAAAAUGUUUAAUAGUUAAAUGUGUUCUAUUGACAACAUAUUUUGUUUCCAUGGUGUUAAAACUGCAUAUUAAUAAUUACAUCUGCAUCAUUUUAUUGUGGAAAAGUGAAAGUUUUAAUUUCCAAAUUUAGGUGCCUAUCUUAGUCACUGCACAAAUUGUAAGCAAGGCUUAAUUAAUUAAUUUAAUUUGAUAAACUAUAAUUGUUUUUAAAUUAAGUAAACUGAAAGACUGGCUUAUCAUGGCUAUAUCAAAAAAAUAAAUUUAAAUAAACUUGUUAAUAAAUUAAAUCAUCAAUGGGUUAGGGGUUGGUAAGAGUCAUUAAGUAAGAUUUGUUUUGUUUUUUUCUGUCAUGGUUUACCUAUUUACUAACUUAGCUAAUUUUUAGCUGGAGGUGUUUCUAGCUCUUGUGUAGGUGUAAAAAAUGCUACCUUAUCUGAAAACAUGCAGUGUCAUUUCAGUAAUUAAUUUGUAAAAUUAUGUUACGUAUGUUGAUUAUACAUAUUUGUAAUUGGGUUAUUGUAUUAUUACACCUUGUUAUGGAUUAUGCUCACUUUCCUAUUCAUAUGGUGGUAUAUAUUUCCUAACAUAUAUCUUCAUAUAUGUUAAUUUAUAUUUAUUUAUAAACAUACCAGAAAUUAAGAAAUGGCUAUUUCGGUAAUUUCAUCAUUUUUGUUUUAAUCGAUUUGCAUCUUCUGCCUAUUAUUUGUUAAUGCGAAUUGAAAACCUACCUUAGUUCUGAGAAUAUUCUAUUUGUUUGAAUUACCCAGAUCCGAGUUAUUUUCAAAACAAUUAAAGCGCUAUUCAUUCUAAAAAAAUUUAAUAUGGUCAUCAAAGCUUCUUUUUUAUAAAAAAAAAAAAAUCAAUGAAAGCCUAUAAAAUAGCAAACUAUUAUCAUGUUUUGCUUUGUUUGGAAACAUACUUUAAGAGUGGUUGGAAUUUUUAGUUUUACAUUUUGUAGUGCUAUGUUAUUUGGUUUUAAUACAGUCCUUACUAUAUCCUGUAAGAAUAAUACGAGACGUUAUCAUCUUAUUUGAGCAGGUUUUCAGCACUAAAUAUGAAGAAAAUGAGUGUUAUGUACAUACAUAAGUGAAAGGCAUUAUUCUUGUAAGUUAUAAUGCACUUGAUGAUCUAAUUUUAAAAAUAAAUAAUAUAUUUUUAAGUAUAGAAUGAUCUAUGACUAAGUAUUUUAUGCAUUUUUAUUAGUUGCUGUAUAUAUUAUAUGAUGAUGUUUAUUAUGAUAUUUUGAAUACAAAACACUGAAUAAUUUCUGUUAACGACAACUUUGUCAAGUGUAUAAUAGCCAUUAAUAUUGGCAGUGUUCAUUGUUUUUGAUUAGUGUUUAAAAAAUACAAAUCGUUAUAUGAGAAGCAAAUUAGCUUUAGAUAUUUAAAUAAUAUUUUUUUAAGCUUAUGCAUUCUGUAAGUAUGCAUAGUUCUUUUUAUAUCAAAGGGUCAUUCCAUUUGAAAGUGAUACUUUCCUGAUUAUCAUUUAUGAAGGCAAAUGGUAGUAAUGUAUGUAAAUUUAGUGUUUAAUUUCCACCAUGAAAACUGAAUUGUUUCUUCGUUUCAUUUCCUUGUAAAUGAAGUGAAUAUUAGUUGAUUUGUAAAUAUAUGAUUUUUGUUGUGAUUGUAUCAAACAAGUAUGAUACAAACCAGUGGCUUUAUUAUGAAAAUAAAUUAUAAUUAAAAACAAAAUAACGUUAAUUAGGUUUAAAUAAUUCUUUUCUGUUCAUGAAUAUAGUGGAGUACUUAUCAAUUUGCUCUAUGUUGUGUCAAUUAACACUUUUUUAAGUUUCAUUUGCUGUUUUGAUUUUAUACAUGAUUAAUGUCUAUACAAUUUAACUGGUAUUGAUUCCAUGGUUUCUUUAUUUUGUAUUUCUAUAGAAAAAUGUCUUGUAUUAUUAUUUAUUUGUUUGUUGUAUGCUUAUAUAUUUAAAGUUGAGUUCAUAAUUAAUAUCAUGAAUGAUGAAAUUUAUUUAUUUUUUAAAUGAUCCAUAGUGAUUUUAUAUUAUUAUUUGUCUGAUUUAUUUAUUUGUGUUAUUAAUAUAUUAAAUUACAUAUAUAUUUAGUCUACAAAUGUGGAAUUUCCCUUCUAUUCAUGAAUCUCAGAAUUAAUCUUGAUUAUGCCUUGAAAAAGAAAGUAUAUUACCUUCUAAAUAUAUUAGAAUUAUUUUUGUAAUUUUUUCUUUUAGUUUGAUAUUGUUAUUUUUAUUAAUUUCAACUUGUAUGUUUUGUUAAGAUGGUUUUUAUACAAUUUUUUUUUUGUUAUGAUAAAAAGCAAAAAUUGUCUACUAAUAACUGUUUGUACUAUUUAUGAAGGAUGAAAUCAACAUUUCAGUUUAAUUUUUGUGACUAAUAAUUUUGUUUAAUAAUUAAUUAUAACCUACUACAAGUUAUUUUAUGCUACACUUUUCUUGUAACCAACAUCCAUUUUAACAUUUUAUUUAUGUUUAAUAAAUAUUUUAUGUUAUGUUCGUUGAAGCUUAAAAUUGUUGAAAUUAAUGUUCUUGAAUUAUUCAACUACAAUGAUAGUUAUGGAUAAGUAUUGGAAUGUUUCGGUUCUAGUGUUAUCUAGUUUUUAAAGUUUUAUUAAAACUACCCUACUAAUUUCAGCAUUAGGUAUCCCUUAGUAUUGUUAAUUAAAUGAUGCAUAAAAUUAAAUUUAUUAAAUCCAUUUUAAGAACCCAACCCCUCUAUAUUAAAAUAUUUGAAUAAAGCCACCAAAUAUACUGAACUGAUAAUGGAUAGUAAAAGUGCAGUCAAUUACAUAAAUACCAAAAAUUCCCUUAUGCCUAGAAUCUAUACCCUAGGUAUUUUGUUUCUAUAUUUUAAUUUAUAUGUCAUUUUGUCUUCUCUAUUCAUUUAUACGUACUUCUAAAUUUUUGUUUACAAGUAGAAAUUUCUUUUAUCGUUUUUUCCCAUUUCCUACAUGAUUCACAGAAAGAUUGGCUGUUUAUAUACUAUGAUUCAUUUGAUUCGAGCUAAGACAGUACAUUCUAAAAUAAUACAUAAUGUGGACAAUUCUCUUCCUUUAAAUUCAGAAGUAAAUGAAAAAGGCUCCUUCCCAUUAUUGAUUAUCCAAUAACGUACUAUUGGAUUCUUUUCUGUUCUAUAUUUUCCAUCUAUUCUUGAUUUUUUUAUGAUCUAUUACUUGGUAAAUAACAGUAGUCCUCACAAAAUCAUAUAUUUCUUUUUCUCAGUUUAUUAUUCAACCAUCCUUUUUUCAUUGCUUUAUUCUAUUUUUUAAUUAAAAUCCCUACCUUUAAUAAACAUUUGUUCCAAAUUUGAAGAAAAUAGAAUAAUGAUUUCCCAGUAUAAGGUGGUUGCUAUGGUGAAGAGGGUAAGUGGAGUUGGAGAGAGGUCUUGGGGAGGUGGGACAUGAAUGGGGGGAGGGAAGCUGUGCGAGCUUCCUUCCCCUACACUCAAACUUAACUUAGAUGUACUAUAGAACUGUAGAACACACAAUUAUUUAAUGAAAUUGAAGAUAUUCCAGUCUUAAUUUUCUGCUUAAUCUUGUAUGUUUUAAUAAGUUAUUUAUUUAUAAUCAAUUGCCCUUACCGGCAUUAUGAAAUAAAAAGCAACGAUCAAAUUUUUUAUUUUGGAGAAAAGAUUAUUUUAGUAUGAGAAUGCAUAGUGAUUUUGAGUUCUUUAUGUGGUUUUGUUUAGUUUUUUUUUGUUUUUGUAUUCGUAAAUGUUUUAAAUUGGAGAAAACUUCCUUUUGUAGUAAUAUUUAAAAUUGAAAGGGCUGGGAAUACCUAAGAAAAUCUCCCGAAGUAUUUAUUUGAGUAAAAACAGUCUUCCUGAAAUAUUUUGACCAGUUAACUUUUUCAUAAAUUAAAUGAUUAGGGAAUAAGCACAAAAAAUUCUUUUAAUUCUUAACUUGGGUCUAACAAGUCUACAAUUUUCAUUUAUUAAUUGUAGUUUUGUACUCUGUUAAAGCUAAUAUAAGUGAUCUAUAAUUAUUAUGUUUUAUCGAUUGACUGUUCGGUAAAAUAAUAAAAUCAAGUUUAUUUAAAAAUUCAGUAUGAAAUAGUGACUAUUAAAUGUCAAAGUUUCAACAUAUAUUGUUGAUCUUCAUCAGAGCUAAGAAAACAGUCCAAGAAGAUGAAACUAUUUGAGGAAAAAGUAAAUAACAUAUAGAAUAACUGACAUCUAAUUAAAGUAGAGGAAAUUGAAGGUAAUAACCAACAAGUAGUGAGUGUCAAUAAGGAAGAAUAAAACAAUAUAUAGGAGGAUUCACUGCAGAACAGGAUGAGUGAAAUAUAAAUAGUGACAGUUCGAAAGUGCGCCAAUAGUAGACCUCCACAAAAGAAUGAAAAUUCAUAAAUAUGUUUUAUAAAUUUAAUGAAUGCCUUUAUAUUAUAUAUUUGAGGAAUGUGUGUUAGUUACCUCAAUCCAACCUGAGAAAUAAUUAUUGUAUAAAAUAAAUAUGAUUUAAUUCAGAAACUGUUUUUUUUUUUACAUAUCAAAAGAAACGUAAUCUUACAAUAUAUUGGUUCAUAAUUGUAGUUUAUUUAUUAUAUUUUAAUAAUAAUUUUUCUUAUAAAUAAUGUUUUAAUUAUUUUAUGCGCCUUGUUUUUUAUUCUUAGUUAUUACAGCUAAUAUAAGAUCUGUAUUAAAUGACAACGUUAUAUUGAAUGUUGUAUAAUAUUUUUGUCCAAGUGGAUUUUAUUUAGUUAUCUUGUAUAGAGCUUAUUUUUCACUUUUAAUUUUGUGAGGAGCCUCUAUUUAAUUAUACUUCAUUUCAGAGACAAAAAUUAAAUUGUUCUAAUUUAUAACGCUUUUGUUUAGAAUAUAAAUAAUUUUAUUAUGAUUUUUAUUGCAUAUUUUGAAAUAACUAGGUCAUCCCAUGCCCUCCACAAAAGAAUGGAAAUUC